AUGACAGAUUUAAGGUUCCGCUUUCGGUCUCAAUCUCUCAACUCUAUCAGAGUUUGUCAGCUCAUCAUCAUCUUCGUGGUACCGGUCCUUGUCUCAUCGGCCGAGCAUAACGAAAUAAAAAAAGAUGGCACUACGAUACAGGAUACUUGGAAACACGCUGAUAAAUGCGAGAAUUUCUGGCAAGAGGUGGGAUCUUUAGGUGCAAGUGCUCUCUGCUAUAAAUCAAAUGAUCAGGAUUAUCGGGUGCCUACCAAAACUUCUCUUACACCACACGAUGAGGGUCUUAAUGGGCCCCCAUGCCCCGUAAUACACCAUCAAGGUUUAGCAUGCAAAAGACCUAAAUGUUGUGCUAGAUCAACUCGCACAUUAUUGGACCUUAAUGCAAUCAAGUCGAUUGACUUCCUCGAAUUUCCCCCUUGGUACCAUCGUGAACCACCACCACAUCCGGGAAUCACUGUUUUACCCGCAGAAAUCCCAGAGGGACAAAUAAGCACUUUCCUCGGCUCUCUCGGCCAUGCUAGAAGCAAAGGCUUUGUUAUUCCAGUCAAUAAGGAGGGGGUGCCGGGAUGGGAGAAAAGGUCUCUGGAAAAAGAAUCAGUAGUAAUAUUACUUCCUGAAUCGACCGGUUCCGGUUUUGUAACCUCUACAAAAAUUUUGGGCACGUUGGUACCUACGUCUGGAACUAUUGGCGGACAAACGAUCCAUACUCCUAUGCCACACAGAAUAAAACCCUUUUACGGCCAAACACUCACUGCUAGUACCAUUAGCAACAAGCCAACUUCGUCCCCUAAUUCACCAUUCAAGGAAUCAAUCAAACUCGCUUCAAUACAGGCAUUUUCCCAGAUGGGGAUCGUCCUCAUAGCUCUCUUGAUUAUUGCAGGUGUAGCAGUGGUUUUUAUCUGCAUCAGUUCUAUACUCAAGUUUCCUAUACCCUUCUUAGGAAGAUUGAAGUUUGGAAAUAUUAAGAAAGGCGGGAAAAAAUUGAAGUCGCAGAAAACGGACACACGCGACAUUAAUUUUGGGGACCUUGUGGAAAACGCCACGCUGAACCCAUAUGCUAGGGCCCGUUAUCUGCGUGGCACUGCAGAGGCAAUUGACGAUGAUAGUUCAUUGCAAGACGGGAGUCAUAUAUCAGGUACAAGAACUGGGGGUGAAACGUCGGGGGAUAAUACCCCGGCGGUAGCAACUGGAAGCCAGUCAAAGUUAACAGGUGUCAAGCUAAGGAGGACUCGGAGCUGCUAG